AUGCGGCUUUUGGGUAAAUUUUUAGUUUUUUUUUAAGGAUUCAUUUAUUUUCCAGCUCUUGUUCUGCUUCUGACCGGCAUCGCCGUCCAUGCCGUCAUCAAAGACAUGGGCGCGCCCAACUGGAAUUGCGACCCAGAAGUCAUGGCGAGGUAAAAACAAUAACUUGCGAAGAUUUUAAUAAUAUAAAACGUUUUCCAGGAGCAAAAGUGUGCCAACGAGUGCCCACAGUGUCCGUUUCGCCGACAUCAAAGUCAUAGGGGCUCUUGGAGAUUCUCUGACGGUACAUUUCUAGCAUGAAAAAAAAUAUUUGAACAGAAAACCGUAAUUUUCGGGAAUCUAUCUAUUUCAAAAUGAAGAUUUUACAACAGUGAAUUGUUUCAGGCGGCAAACGGAGCCGGAGCCGAGCCAGGAGACCCGCUAGCUGUAAUUCUUCAGUACAGAGGACUCGCUUUCCAGAUCGGAGGCGAUAAAUCGCUCGACCAGCACAUCACUUUAGCCAGUUAGAUUCUUGAAACUGAGUCGAACUUUAUAAAUUCCUAAAUUUCAGACGUCAUGAGAAAGUUCAACCCCAACAUCAUCGGAUAUUCGCAAGGAAUCGGCUCGGAGAACGUUUGGGAGGUUGGUUCAGAUGAAGUUAGGAAAAAUAAGUUGAAAAUCAAGGUCGCCCAUUUGAACAUGGGAGUCCCUGGCGACGAGUCGAAGGACAUCGCCAAACAGGCCAGAAAUCUGGUCACUGCGAUGAAAGCUCAUUCUGAGGUAAAAUGAAAUCAAAUAUUCCUCCAGAUCAAUCCUGAUUUCAGAUUGACAUCAAGAAAGACUGGAAAUUGGUCAACAUUUUCAUCGGAGCCAAUGAUAUUUGCGUUUAUUGCGAAGAUAAAUACUUCAACGCGACUGUAAGACAUAUCUUCAACUUUGAAAUUAAUUUUUUUUCUUGAAUUAGGCCCCUCAUGGACCGACGACCUUCGAGAAAAAUAUCAUCAAGGCCGUUCAAAUCCUCAAGGACAAUCUGCCGAGGUUUCGAGACGAAAAGUAGAUGAAAAAUUAUAAAAUAUUUCCAGAACCAUCGUUUCACUGACGGGCAUGUUCAACAUGAGGAUGUUGAGAAAAAUCGACCACAAAAAGUAUUUCUGUGAAGGAUUACACAUGUAAUUCAUAAUAUAUUUACCAAAAAAAAAGCUUCUUUUUAGUUACGAGUGCGAUUGCGAGUCGAACAAGGUUUUCACUGAUGACGAUAUUCAACAAGUUUGCUUCGGAUACAUGGUAAAUUUCCAUUUAUGAUUCAAAAAAUAAUAAUCUUUAUCAAGGACGCCGAGAAAGACAUCCAAACCCAAGGAAUCUUCGACACAACCGACGACUUCACUUUCGUUGUUCAGCCGUUCUUUAACGGCAUUCUUGACCCUCCGUAUGCUGUUAGUAUUCGAGAAAAAAAUCUAAUUUUUGAACUUUUCAAAAUCAAGAAAACUGUUUGAAAAAUUGAUCGAACCAUUUUUAGGCCAAUGGCGAUGUUGACAUGACUUUUUUCGCCCCAGAUUGCUUCCAUUUCUCGGCCUACGGACAUGCCAACAUCGGAAUGCACCUCUGGAACACAAUUAUUCAACCGGUAUUUUUCAAGUUCAAGAAUCUUUGACUUUUGAAAGUCUUGCAUGUCUUAAUAUGAAAGAUGAAGCAGCCCCGAAAAUCAAUAAAUCAAUCACACUUCCUUAUAAGAACUCGGCGAGGAUUUUAGAACACAAUUUAAACUUCUAAUCAUCAAAAAUGAUUGAAAUUUAGGUUGGCGCCAAGCAAACCAGCGUGAAUCUCAGCGACCCAACUGUUGGCUUGCACUGUCCGAGCAAGGUAACUUUUUUUUCCUUUAUUUAAAAACUUUUCAAGCUGCGAAAAAAAAAACCUUUUUUUGCAGAGCUGUCCAUUCUUCCCGACGACCAAGAACAGUCAAAAAUUGCGCGGCUCAUUUGACUCUUAA